AAUUACCGAUGAAAUUUCUAUUUCGAGUUUGUAGUGAAUUACCUAGUAAGCUAGUAGCAAUUUCCAUGUUAAGGGUGCAAAUUAUUGAUUUGAAUUAUUAGAUGAUGGAGGGUGAGAAAAUUGAGGAUUAGUUGACUGACCCAUCAAUCAAAAGGAAAAAAUGAGAGUCCAGAGUCUUGGAACUUGUCUCAUCACAAAGAGAUCUACUGAUAGUGUCUCUUCUCUUCUGGAGGUUGUCAAAUCCACUGGUGCUACUCAGCUCUUCUUCAAUCACUUGUAUGAUCCUUUGUCACUGGUUAGGGAUCACCGAGCAAAGCAAGUAUUAACUGCUCAUGGAGUAGCUGUGCGUUCCUUUAAUGCUGACUUGCUUUAUGAACCUUGGGAUGUGAAUGAUGCCGAAGGCUGCCCUUUCACAACCUUUGGUGCUUUCUGGGAGAGAUGCCUUAGCAUGCCAUAUGAUCCAGAGGCUCCACUUCUUCCACCUAAGAGGAUAAUUUCAGGUGAUGUAUCAAGAUGUCCUUCAGACACAUUGGUGUUUGAAGAUGAAUCAGAGAAGGGAAGCAAUGCACUUCUUGCUCGAGCAUGGUCACCUGGCUGGAGCAAUGCUGAUAGAACUCUGACGACAUUCAUUAAUGGUCCUUUAAUUGAGUACUCUAAGAAUCGAAGGAAGGCAGACAGUGCCACAACCUCAUUUCUCUCACCUCACUUGCACUUUGGGGAGGUAAGUGUGAGAAAAGUCUUUCAUCUUGUCCGCAUCAAGCAGGUUCUAUGGGCCAAUGAAGGGAACAAGGCUGGUGAAGAGAGUGUGAACUUGUUUCUCAAGUCAAUUGGUCUUCGGGAAUACUCAAGAUACAUGAGCUUUAACCAUCCUCACAGUCUUGAAAGACCUCUUCUUGGGCACCUUAAGUUUUUUCCUUGGGUGGUAGAUGAGGACUAUUUCAAGGCCUGGAGACAAGGUAGAACUGGGUAUCCACUAGUAGAUGCUGGAAUGAGAGAGUUGUGGGCCACUGGCUGGCUACAUGAUCGGAUACGAGUGGUGGUUGCCAGUUUCUUUGUAAAGGUUCUACAGCUUCCGUGGAGAUGGGGAAUGAAGUAUUUUUGGGAUACCCUAUUGGAUGCAGAUUUAGAGAGUGAUGCUCUUGGUUGGCAAUAUAUAUCUGGUACUCUCCCUGAUGGCCGUGAGUUUGAUCGCAUAGAUAAUCCACAGUUUGAGGGUUACAAAUUUGACCCAAAUGGAGAGUAUGUCCGACGGUGGCUUCCUGAACUUGCAAGACUACCAACCGAAUGGAUACACCACCCAUGGGAUGCUCCAGAAUCCUUACUUCAAGCUGCUGGAAUUGAGCUUGGAUCAAAUUACCCUCUCCCUAUUGUAGGAAUAAAUGCUGCAAAAGCCAGGUUGCAAGAAGCACUUUCAAAAAUGUGGCAGCUAGAAGCAGCUUCAAGAGCAGCCAUUGAAAACGGCACUGAAGAAGGCCUAGGAGACUCAUCUGAAUCAGCACCAAUUGCCUUCCCCCAAGACAUACAAAUGGAAGAAAUCCGUGAACCAGUAGGAAAUAACCCUCCAAUUCCAACCACUAUUAGGCGAUAUGAAGAUCAAAUGGUCCCUAGCAUUACUUCUUCUUUUUUGAGAGUUGAAGAGGAAGAAACUUCUUCAGAUCUUAGAAAUUUAGCAGACGAGAGCAGAGCAGAAGUUCCAAGAAAUGUAAAUAUAAAUCAAGAACCAGGACAAGGCAUAUUAAACCAAGUGAUUACACAAACAAUUCAGACCAACAACACUUUGCCACAGAUUAAUUUAGCAAUGGCGGUGGGAAAUGCUGAAGAUUCCACAGCAGAAUCUUCUAGUAGUAGCAGAAGAGAGAGGGAUGGAGGAGUAGUUCCAGUUUGGUCUCCUUCAUCCUCUAGUUAUUCAGAGCAGUUCGUAGGGGAUGAAAAUGGCGUUGGAGCUAGUUCAUCUUACUUGCAGAGGCACCCUCAGUCUCACCAAAUAAUGAAUUGGAAGCGCCUUUCUCAAACUGGGUGAAAUAUAUCUACCAAAGGACUGGAAGUAUUGAGUUGGAGAAUGCAAUGUCUAAUCUGGUGAGCCAAUGGGAUGAUAAAUCAGCAUGUCACAUGUAUCUAUAUAAAACCCUGUGCUCUCAUUACCUGUCUAACCUGAUCAGAAGUUCAUGUCCCUUGUGUAUGAAACAUGAUUGCUACAGGUAGCUGAUCUACUAUCUUUUUCCCUUGUACAAUUUUCACAGUUUCUGUUGUAUAGUAUUUUGUCCUUUUUCAUAAGGGAAGAGUUGCAUUAGAGAUGGAUAUACAGUCCUCUAAUAAACCCAGGUUUGCGCUUCUAUAUUUAAAUUAGGCAGGUAUUUUAGUAUGUAACUCAUACUUAUGCUCUUUCCCUCCCCUCUUUUGUUCAGCAAAUUUCUUUGAUUUUUCCUUUCUAGCAUAACUGAUUUUAGCAUUGUUUUCAAGCAUGUUCAUCAAGCAAAGUGAAUAAUAUCAUUGUCUUACAUGCUUCUGGUGUUAUGUUUAGGUUGCUUUUCCAGUUUAGGCAUUCGACAAACACUGUAAGCUAGGGUCUCAGCCAUUGCUCCAAACACAGGAGCUUGUACUUACCAUUUUCCCAUCUCAUAUAUGCCAUUGCAUUAUGUGUUAAUGCCAUGGAAGGAGCUGAGUCAUGGAUUUAGAAAUAAAUUAAACAAUUUUAU